AUGCCGUUGGUGGAGGCACUAGUAGACUCUUCUUGCAACACCACUUCUACCCUUCUGUCCUUUCUUGGUUGGGAAGAUGCUGUAGCGUUCGCCAUCACUUCCACUCUACUAUUUGUUCAAGUCAAGGCCAUCAUCCAGAAGCAGUGCGAUGACAUAUCUUGCGGAUCGAGCCCGUACCCGAUCCCUUGCGACUCGGCACACCGCCCACUGCACGGUGUGCAGCAAGCAACGCCAGGGGGGUCAUCACAUUCGUCGCAAAGUUUCAAGUGGAGUCUAGGUGGGCCUGUUCCGCCCAGUUUCAUGUACCUCAACGAAGCAAUCCACGCGUUCGACGACAGCGGUGCGGAUGAGCUCGAGGGUUGCGCAUGUUUCGGGGGAUGUGGGGUGGAUGACACCUUGUGUCCGUGCGUGCAGCUGAAUGUGGCUGUACAGAGCGGCCCUGCGCCGCUGUUCGAGUGUCACACAAGUUGCACUUGCGGGAUCGCGUGCCGACUGAGGGCGACACAGAGAGGGGCAGCGAGCAAGGUCCCGCCAAUGCUGAGGCUUCGGUAUAUGGGUAAGAAGGGGUGGGGUGCUUAUUCUGUUGGCGCCAUAGCCGGAGGGACGUAUGUCGCGGACUACACUGGAGAGGUGCUGCCUGUGCCCGAGGCGAGGAGAAGGGUGCACGCGUACGAUCGGGACGGGUUGAACUACGUCUUGACCACGCAGGAGUUCUUCCAAGGGGGGAAACAGGUGUUCCAGACAAUCGUCGAUGCCACAACUUGUGGAAACGUGUCAAGGUUCUUCAACCACUCGUGCGAACCAACCCUGUCCGUGUUUGUGGCCGUGGUCAGGCGCCUGCACGUCGGGGCCUUUGACCCUCGGGCAGAUUCCCAUACGGGGCUACGGAGUGCCGUGUGGAAGUCUGCCGGGGGGUCAAAGGGCCCUACGCACAGUGGAGGAGGUGGAGAUGAUGACCCUUAUAACUUCGACAUCGCGGAUGGAUUCAGCGGUGGCGGAUCAAAGAAGAAGACAAAAAAAUCCAAGCUCGGGAAACUGUCGUUGAACAAGACAGUAGGCGCUAGCCCCAGUGUUUCUUCCCUCACACCGCAGGAAGUAUCGAGGCCUGUUGCCAAUCCCACACCAUCGGUCGUCGACCUGAAAGCCCCUCUCCGAGCUUCGGCUCCAGCCGGCCCGACUUCUGCUCUGGACAAGGCCAUGAGUUUUCUAAGCAAAUACAAACAAGGGGGUGCUAAUGGCGCCAAAACAACGACAGCCGCUACGGGCAUGGGUACUUUCAGGAAAUCGGCGAAUGCUCAGAGCACCACCUUCGACCAAGACGAAAUGGAUUUGUCACUGAGCAGUGACUCCGACGGCGCAGGCGGUGUAUCCAGGCGGAAAACUCCUUCAAGGCUCAAGCCCACCCGAGACAAGCCUUCGAUAGAGCCUCAGGAGAACAUGGUCAAGGUUCUUGUUCGGACGGAGGCCUUGGCAUCCGUCGAGUACGCGCACGACCCGGAGAGGGGGCUGGAUCUCCGCAGCUGCGGCACUCAGAUAGUGGGGAACUCUGCAGCCACACAAGCAAAUAUUGCUGUCGCGGGUAUGUCGGGAACGCAUUCUGCAGUGGGGAAUGGCUUCGGGGCACAGGGCCCGCGCACACCCGGCGUGGGAUACCAACCGGGGGAACCGUACGCGAAGUGGGGGCGAUUUGCGUGCGAAAUGCCUGUCGGCUCUCGAAUCCGCCGAGAUCCCGACGUAGGCGGUGGAGCGCCGGUGCGGCGUUCAUCCCCGAACUCGCGACGGCGCCCACGGUCAUCCGGCGGUUCUGGAUUUCAUGAUAGCGUGGGAGGGAGGAACGAUUGUACCGGGAGUGGCGCAGGCGCUGCCAACGCUGAAGACGACGGUGGGGAUAGCAGGGCUGCCCAACCAUCCGACUCUGAGGUCGAGCCAGAGGAGGGGUACGGCCGCGGCCCUGUGAGGGUGUCGUGUGCCCCUUCAGUUCGAGGCGGCCCUGCUUACCUUGAGGUGACCAUGUGCCAGUUGUUCAUGACCCGCCUCGCCGUUGCGCUUGUCAUCAGCUUAUCGUGCCAAUGGUGCACUUUAUUCAGGAGCGCGAUGGACUUCUGUGAUCAGAUGUACGCACCAACAUACUAA